CAGGAGGUGUGUAGUGAAACUCAUACUCACUGUUGUUGUGUGCAGAAGGACUGACAGUGUUUCUAAGUGGACGGCAAAAGCAUCAUUCAGAGAUGAGUUUGAGUGAUAUUCUGUCAGAGAUCGACGGUGGAGAUGACAAGAAGGUUGAAAAACUUUUGCUGAAGUAUAACACUGAGAACAGUCGCACGUUUGCCUUCGACCUCGAGGAGGAGGGUGCACGAAUUAAAUUAUGUCAGGGUCUUCUUACAGUCCUCCGUCGGUCAGAUCUUCCACUUUGCCAAAGCACCUGCCUGGAGACCCUGCGCAUCUUGUCCAGAGACAAGCAUGUGCUUGGACCCGUAGCCACCAAAGAAGGAAUGCUUACUUUAGCAGGACUUGCCCGGAUCUGUGUGGCGGGCCAUGAAGGCGAGCCAUUAGAGGAGGCGCAGUCAGCAGAAGAGGAGAGGGUUGUGGUGGAGGCCCUUAAGUGCCUGUGCAACGUAGUGUUCAAUAGCGUGCCGGCACAGCAGAUGGGAGGUGACUUGCAGUUAGCGGAAGGCCUAUGCCCCCGCUUGCAUUUGGUCAGCGCGUCACAUCAUGAAGUGGGCUUAUUUUCCCUCCGGCUGCUGUUUUUGCUUUCGGCUCUGCGGACGGAUGUGCGCUCCACGCUUCAGAAGGAGGCAGGCGCGGUGAAACUACUCACUAAUGUGUUGGAACGCACUCUUGAUGUGCGUUGGGUUGGGCCAUAUGAGGCUGCACCUCCUGAUCCAGAAGCUCCACCCAUUCCACCAGAAAACAACGAGCUUACCAUGGAAGCCCUCAAAGCCCUGUUCAACCUCACCAUGUCUGAUUCCUGUGAUAAGGACAGUCUCCACAAACUUCGGCUGAUUGCAGGCAUCAUGAGACACCUCCUAAUGCUGAAAACACACACUGAAGAAAAAACUGAGGAGACUCACAGUCAUGCAAUAAAUCUCUUGAGUAACCUUCCCGUUCAGUGCCUGGAUGUCCUGAUAGACGUCCCUGUCCAAGGUGGCCUGGAAAAAUACAGAGGGAAAAACAUGGACACGGUGCAGAUUCUGCUAGAUUUUAUGAUAAAGAGGAUAGACAAGGGGUUCAACUUUAAAGAAGGCUUGACACCUGUGCUGAGUCUGUUGACGGAGAGCGCUAGAUACCACAGGGAGAUCCGCAGAUACAUCAAGGCCCAGAUCUUACCUCCUCUGAAGGAUGUGAAGGAAAGGCCAGAAAUUGGAGACACCAUUCGAAACAAACUGGUGCGUCUUAUGACGCAUGUAGACAUGGCAGUGAAACAGGGGGCUGCUGAGUUCCUGUUUGUGCUCUGCAAGGAGAGUGUGGAUAAUCUGCUGAAGUACACUGGAUAUGGCAAUGCUGCUGGGCUGUUGAUGGCACGAGGGCUGCUGGCCGGAGGUAGAGGAGAGACGCAGUACUCAUCUGAUGAAGACUCUGACACUGAGGAGUACAAGUCCGUCAAACCAUUCAUUAACCCCAUUACAGGUCACGUAGAGGAUCCAUUGCCAAAUCCUCUAGACGAGAUGACGGAGGAGCAGAAGGAGUAUGAAGCCCAGAGGCUUGUCAGUAUGAUUGACGAAUUAUCAAGGAAGGAGCUGAUCAGACCAAUGGGAGUGAGGAAAGACGGGACUCUGGCACCUUUAGGACAGGCCAUCCACGACUGCAGUCUAGCCAGCAGCGGCUCCGACUCCGACUAGCACAUCACACACACACACACACACACACACUGACCAGUGCUCGUCUUUCUCACUGAGAUGCGAAGAAUGAGCUGCCGUCCAGCAAACGCACGAGUUUCAGCAGAUA